AGUUGCUAUAGUAACCGAGCUGCCAUCACUAUGUCGUUACCACAGGCCUCUCAAUCUCGGGUGUUCGUGGAACUGGUUCCCUGGGCGGACCGGGGCCGGGAGAACAAUCUGGUCUCGGGCGGAGAAACGCUGCCGAGCGUCCGCCGUCCCCUCUCUUCAGCACAGAGCCAAACCUCGACCCGCGAGGUGCACGUCAGCGGCACCGCGGAGGUGUCCGCGAGCCCCGACCGCGCGCAGGUGGCGGUGCGCGUGGGCAGCACCAAGGAGGCGGCGGCCGAGGCCAAGAAGAGCGUGUGCCGUCGCCUGGACUACAUCACGCAGAGCCUCCAGCAGCAGGGUGUGCAGGCAGAUAAUGUAUCUGUGACAAAGGAUUUUAGAAGAGUAGAAAAUGCUUAUCACAUGGAAGCAGAGGUCUGCAUUACAUUUACCGAAUUUGGAAAAAUGCAAAAUAUUUGUAACUUUCUUGUUGAAAAGCUAGAUAGCUCUGUUGUCAUCAGCCAACCCCAGUUCUAUCAUACUCCAGGUUCUGUUGAGAAUCUUAGACGGCAAGCCUGUCUUGUUGCUGUUGAGAAUGCGUGGCGCAAAGCUCAAGAAGUCUGUAACCUUGUUGGCCAAACUCUAGGAAAACCUUUAUUAAUCAAAGAAGAAGAAACAAAAGAAUGGGAAGGCCAAAUAGAUGAUCACCAGUCAUCCCAACUCUCAAGUUCAUUAACUGUACAACAAAAAAUCAAAAAUGCAACAAUACAUGCUGCUUCAAAAGUAUUUAUAACUUUUGAAGUAAAGGGAAAAGAGAAGAAAAAAAAACAUCUCUGAAAUUCCAACCAAAAUAGGUUGUGUUUGUAUCUUUUUGUCUAUUUUUAUACUUUUUAUAAUGUUUACUUUUGUACUGAACAUAUAUAUAUAUAUUGUAUAGUAUAUAAAGUGUUUCUCCCAAAAAUCUGUGAAUCCUUAAAUAUAGUCCCACAGAAUACUUGUUUACUUUCUAAUUCUAAAACCUUUCUGUGGGAAAUACUCUUUGGAAAUAAAUAUUGCACACUUGUAUACUGAAUUUA